CUCGGGUGAAGGGAGGAGGAGUGAUUUCGCAUCGUUGUCGCGUAGAAUUUAUAAUUUAUCAGUGAAUCUUAAAGGAAUUGGUGUAUGAAUAUUAAAAUAAAUGACGAUAUUUAGUGCUCGAAUUGUGUGCAAGUGUUAAUUUAAGACUUCUAUUGCCUGUUGUUUACCUUCACCGAUUACAUUCCGACCGCUCCCUGCGUAUAGCACGUCAGUCGUCAAGUAUUUUCAUGCCUGUUUGUACUACUUGCUCUAGUACGGACCGUAAUAGUAAAAGCUGUUGGAAAGUGCAUUGGUAUGGGAAAUUGUUAGUGUAAAAAACUAUCCCACGUUCCAUAAAUUUGUGAGCGUUAUGAGGUGAUCGUCGAGACAGUGCGUUUUGUAAAAUUGUAGCCAUUUUCGGUGACCCAGAUCGACCUAUUAUCAAGAGCGGCUCAUAAUGACAUUACUUUUUAAUACACUAACUGGCAAUUAAGCAACCGGCCGUCAAGUUAGACAUGUUAAGCACACAACUGCAGCAAUGGACAGCGUGAAGAAAAUACACUCGGGAACACUGUAUCGCAACGGUCCGGUGGACGGCGCGUACGGCCCGCAGCACAGUCCGGUGUCGCGGUCCGACGCGUCCACUGAGGACGCGGAGCUGUCUGCCGCGCUAGCUCACCAGCACCACCUGGCGAUGCAGGCUGGCGAAUACCCAGGCGUGGGCGGCGGCAUGGAGCCGGAUUACGAGAGAUACGUGUCGUCGCCGGCCACGCACUAUAACCACAUGGGGCACCUCACUAUGGCGCCCUCGCAGAAAUACCCACAUGUGAUGGAGUCGGUAUCGGUGGCGGGAGGAGGCAGCUACGCAGGCGCGGGGGGCGCCGGUCACUACGGCACGUACGGCCACUACGGCGCCGCCUACCCGUCCCAGCCCUACCUAGUGGAUGCGCCUGCGCAGGUGCCCAACUACAUGGGACAGGAGUACGGAGAAGGUGGCGGUAGUGCGUCACCCAGAAGCACUUCACCGGGCGCGUUACCACAACACAAUCUACAUUUACAGCAGAGGUACGACUCCGCGUCGCUGGAGCAGCUGGGGCGGCACUACUGCGUGACGUCGCCGCGCGGGGAGUACGCCGGCGACGCGUACGGCUACCAGCACUAUCCCGCCACCUACGAUACGCAGCCUCACCAGGGGAACCAGUUUAAGGACUCUCAGAACGGACUGAGCCUCGGCAGCGCCGGCGGCCAGUCUAUGUACGGCGACGACGAGGAGUUGCAGAAACAAAUGGCCGGCAUGGCGCUAGAUUCAUACGGCGUCCACGGCGUGGGCGUGGGCGUGGGUCCCCGCGAAGAUGGCGGGGGUCUGCAAUGGCGGGAUCCCAACCUUCCCGAAGUCAUCGGCUUUCUCAAUUCUCCAUCAGACGUGGUGAAGGCGAACGCUGCGGCGUAUCUCCAGCAUCUGACUUACAUGGACGACCCAAAUAAACAAAAGACUAGGAGUUUAGGCGGCAUCCCUCCUCUAGUACGCCUGGUAUCGCACGAGAACCCCGAAGUCUGCCGCAACGCUUGCGGAGCCCUACGUAACUUGUCGUACGGCAGGCAGAACGACGAGAACAAGCGCGCCAUACGCGACGCCGGCGGCAUCCCCGCUCUCAUGGCGCUGUUGUGUCGCGCCACUGACAUCGAGGUGAAGGAGCUGGUGACCGGCGUGAUAUGGAACAUGUCGUCGUGCGAGGACCUCAAGCAGUCGAUCAUAGACGACGCGGCGCAAGUCAUCGUCAACAAGGUCAUCAUACCGCACUCGGGCUGGCAUCCCACCAACCCGGGGGACACUUAUUGGUCUACAGUGUUCCGCAACGCUUCUGGUGUGCUUCGGAACGCUUCUUCAGCGGGCGAAUACGCGCGGCGAAAGCUUCGCGGUUUGCCCGGCUUGGCAGAAGCGUUACUGCACGCCGUAAGAGCCGCCAUACAAGCAAACGCAAUCGGCACCAAGAUUGUUGAGAACUGUGUCUGUGUACUAAGAAAUUUGUCUUACAGAUGUCAAGAAAUAGAAGAUCCUUUGUACGACACGAGAGCGCCGCCCACACAAUCUUCUGGUCAAGCGAGGAUACAGGCUAGUGCGUCUAAAGGAGAAAAUCUCGGCUGUUUUGGAGGCAGUAAAAAGAAGAAAGAAGGUUCCUCCUCGUCUAACUCUACAAGUCCACUCGGCAAGAGUGAACCCGAUUCCCAGCCAUUGGGAGAUACACCGCCUUCACAACUGGGCUACAGCGUGCCCAAGGGAACUGAAAUGUUAUGGUCGCCGGAGGUGGUCCCGCUAUACAUGGCGUUGCUACAGACGUGCUCUAACCCUGAAACUCUAGAAGCGGCGGCGGGCGCUUUACAAAACCUAGCCGCUUGUUACUGGCAGCCUUCUAUAGAUAUCCGUGCUGCAGUGCGCAAGGAAAAAGGUCUCCCAAUUCUGGUGGAACUUCUCCGAAUGGAAGUGGAUCGCGUAGUUUGCGCUGUGGCCACAGCUUUGAGAAAUUUAGCCAUCGACCAGCGGAACAAGGAGCUGAUCGGGAAAUACGCCAUGAGAGACUUGGUGCAGAAGCUGCCUAGUGGCACGCAGCAGCACGAACAGGGUACAUCUGACGAUACGAUAGCCGCCGUGCUGGCAACUCUGAACGAAGUCAUAAAGAAGAGCGGAGAAUUCUCACGGUCGCUACUGGAGGCGGGCGGCGUGGAGCGACUGCUGAACCUCACCAAGCAACGUCACCGGCACACGCCGAGAGUGCUCAAGUUCGCAGGUCAAGUCCUGAUGACCAUGUGGUCGCACGCGGAGCUGCGCGAGGUGUACCGCAAGCACGGCUGGCGCGAGGCCGACUUCCUCACGCCCGCGCGCGCCGCCCAGCCCAGGGGGUCCUCCAACAGCAGCGGUCAAGGCACGCCGUCGUCCGCGGCGACCGGAGCGCCGCACUCGCCGAGCAACGCCAACAGCACGCUCAGCAGGCCCAUGGCGUCCACCGGCGGCACCCGAUACGAGGACCGCACUAUACGCAGACAUCGCGAGAACGAUGACAUGCCAGCUAUGGACGUGAACAGCUACCAGGACGGACUGGGGAUGGGGAACCCCAACGGGAGGCCGAUGAACUUGCAAGGGGUACAGGCGCAGAUGCCGAUGCCGCCUAGCAGUCGCUAGUGGCCAGUCUAGAACGUUCUAGAAAAGGGGGCGUUGUCCCGUGGAUUGAGGGUAUAUUCACUUAGUAUUAUACAGAUGUUGAAAGAUGUCUCUGCCUACAGCGACGGGAAAGAGGCGUGGUGAAUUUAUAUACAUAACUUUCAUAUAUACUUGUGUAUGAAAUUUGAUCUUUUCCGUAAAUCCACACAAGUCAUUUUGAUACUUGUGAAGGUUGAACAUUAACAGAUGUAGCAGUAAAAAAAUUAUUAAAGUUUUACCUUAACAACACGAAGGCUGGAAGGUAAAAUAAAUUUUCUUAAUAUUUUUCUUACUAUUAUUUUUCAUAUACUUAACAUCUUACCAUAUUGCUAGAGUAUUAAUACUCUGAUUUUUCUAAACUUGGGAUAACUUUAGGUUUUAUACCCUCAGUAUACGGAUUACAAUGUCUACGAAAACUUUGUGAGUAAAAUAAGAAUAAACAUACGUGCACAAUUUUUACGUUGUAAUUAUGUCGCCGGUUGGUUGGCAAGGUUUGACGUAAUUUCGUAGAGUUAUCUGAAUUUAAAUAGAUUUCAACAAGAAAGUCUUUGAAUACUUCACUCGUUUCUAUUUUUAUAUAGAUAACUGUACAAUUCUCAGCGUGUUUUGUUAACUUUAAUAACAUUUGUGUAUGUAGUUAAGGACAUAACAUUAUAAAUAAUAAAAUCUAUGAAUUUUGAUCAUAAACAUGUUAUUAUUGAUAGUCGCAUAUACUUGCGCUCUAUAACUGAAUUGUAGUUAAUUCUUAUGAUCAAAAUGCAUAGUUAUGCUGAUUACAAAGUCUCAGUAGUGUAGACCAAUUAAUUUGCCUAAGGCCUAAUUUAUUUUGUAACCUAGCGCCAUUUUGUGAAGAGAUCAUGUCAAUUCCCAAUGUAUAUAGUCGUGCCAUUUGAGUAUUUUAAAUAUUUAUUAAACGAAUUCUUUCUGUAGAUGUGUUGUGUAUCGAAAUCAAAACUUUUUCAAUCGAAGCUCACAUUAAUUAAAAUACUACAUCUUAUUCGGAGUUUGGUAAUUGUACCGAGUCGAUUGCUCCUUGAGCAUUGUUGUUACAACCACAGAAGGUUUCGCAAGUGGCAAUGUAUUAUGGAACUGGAUCGCACCGCGUAUACUAAUCUCUAAAUAUACCCAUGUAAUAACUAAACGAGUAACUAUUAUAAAUUUACAUUGUAAUAUUCGAAAUUUGAAUAUUAUUGUUAUUAUUUAUAACAUUAGUUUCGUAGAACUCACGUAGCCGUAUUCGUUUGAAAAUCGAAGGAUUUAUGCAUAACUGUAAUUUGUUAUCGAGUAUCGUUCGAUUCUCCGCGUACUGCCGAAUAGUUAAAAGUAUAUGUAUGAUAAAUAUAUAGAAUUUUGUAAUAUUUUGUAUCCAUUCCACGACCCUUUACGAAUAAAUGUAAUAUAGGUGUCUAUGUCCUCUUGUAAUAAUAUUUAAGAAAUAUCCGUCUUAUAUUUAGCGUUAAGAUUUAUUAUGAGAAGUUUGCUCUCGUAUUGCAUUUUAGACCGUGACUUUUGGAAUUAAUAAUGCAUUGCAACCGAAAGGAACCAAUCACAAUGUUUCAUUAUUUGCGAACGGUGUUCUAUUGGUCGAUAAAUGUAUGCGCGCCAAUUUGCUUCUGUAAGAAAAUGUUCACCUUGUGUAAAAAGUUCCAACUUUUCACCCGCAUAUUAAUUUUAGAAAAAUGGAACACAUGGAAAUAAUAAUCGAAUUCAAAGAGUGAUUGUUAAUUGCAUUCUUAACUUCAAAAGUCCUUGUCGAAUUUGGUUUAAAGUUUAAAGCAGCUAUGCCAUGUCUAUCUGUAAUAGACAUUGUCGAUCUCGAUAUAUAUACUGGCGCAGUUACGUCUUCUGGCUUGCAAUAAAUAUUUAAGGAUAUAUUGGACGAGUAUUGGCCCUGAGCAAUGAGCACAUCUUGAUCACAUCGAUUUCCAUGUGCCAAUAUGGGCGAUGGGCAUUUAAACUUAAUAUAUUUAUAUGUGGGUAGCUGAAUAAGUUUCUUUUUCUUCUAAUAAAAUAUUCUGACAAAUGUACAUAUAUGUGAAUCUAUAAAAACCAUUUGUUCUCUACAGUUGAACUAAACAUUUUAACCAAUACCUCGCAAUAAUCUGAAUCAUAUCGUUUAUUCGCUCGAUUUUCUUUGUUUAAUCUAGAACUGGAUAUGACGACAUUUCUAAUUUCCUUUAUUAGCCAUUCAAUGCUUUGACGGCGGCAUACAAAUGCCUGCGUCGACAUGAAAUGAAAGUUGCUAACCAACUGAUUGAUAUUUCCUACCAAUUACAAACUAGUAAUAAUUGCAUUUAUUUGCUAUAGAACUUUGAGCUCUAAGAUUUCUUCAUACAAAUGCUUUUUGUUGAGAACAUUGUGAAACGGCUUUCACAUAAUGUAGCCAGAUGGCGUAACUAGCGCAUCGUACCCGUAUAGAGUAUGAAAAUUGUGGAUGCAGCUUUAAAAUGAUUUUGAUUUAUUUUCCCUCCGUCAUUGCGUUUAGUUAUAGUGUAAAGCUAUUUAUUUUACAUUAAAGUAUAAGAUUUGAAUUUUAUUCGUAGGCAAUAUCUUAAGCGGUUUUGUGAGGACAUUUUUUUGGAUACUUUUAUGCACAAUAAAGCAUUUGUACACGUCCUUCAGGACGGCCACUCGACUGAUCAGCUGGUACAAUCUAACUCAUCCAGUGCAUUAUAAUGAUUUAAGUACCCGUGUUUGUAAGUUUUUGUAUCAUAUUUUAUUAAAAUGUAAGCGAGUAUACAACAGUUUUUGACAACAUUGCUUGCCAGGGCGCCGUCGCUUCUAUGAAGCGAUCCUUUUUAUAUUAGAAUACGUUUUUCACUUGAUAUCCUUUCGAUUUAAAUUAGUUUUAAGAAUUUAUUUAAUCACCAUUUUAUUUAUCGAAUGUAGAUGUGAGUUUUAGACAAAAAUGUAGGCAUUAUUAGGUAAAGUUGUUUUAUAACGUCUUUAAUACGAUCUGUCUGUACAUUGUAUCUUACUCAUGCUUCUAUAGGCAAUUGUAUUUAUGGAUUCGCAUUGUUUAUUCUAUAUGAGACCUUCCAUUUGCAGAUCUCUUGAACUUUAAGCAUUAUUUCGUAAGUCGUAGUGUCACAUGCAUUACUUGGGAGAUCCUAUCUAGUGUUACUCCUCGUUUUAAAAUAUAUAAAUGACUAUGGUGAACCAUAAAUUAUAGAGUUGUUGGAACAGUAAUACUCGAUUAUUUAUAUUUUAUUUAAAAUUUUAUAUUGAAAUUAUUUAACUAACCGCAAUCUUAGUUUGUCGUUGCGCUGUAGCGGUAAUGGAAUAGCUCUUAUGUCUUGUUGUAUGUAGAUUUUAAUAGAUCAUUAUUCGCUUAUACAUAAAGAUACUUAUGAUUAAAGAAAUUAUUAUAUUAUUAUCACAGAGAAUUAAAUGAAUGAUUUUUUA